ACCACGUGGAAGGGGCGGCCGCCGCCUGUUUUCUGCGCUGCGGACGCGGCUCCGUCCCACCCCCGAGGCCGGGCAUGGCGACGGCGGCGAAGAGGCCCAAGCAGGUGACUGCAGGGGGCAGCCCUGCAGAGGACGGCAGAGCUGACCCCCUUUCUGGCUUCUUGGACUGGUGUGAGAAAGUCGGGUUGGAGCUCAGCCCAAAGGUCUACGUGAGCAAAGAGGGCACAGUGUCAGACUACGGCCUGUUGGCCAGAGAGGACCUCCAGAUCGGAGAAGUCCUCUUCACCAUUCCAAGAGCCGCGCUCCUGUCCCAGCACACCACCUCCAUCCGGUCCCUCUUGGAAAAAGACCAAGCGUCCCUGGAGAGUCAGUCUGGCUGGGUGCCUCUCCUUCUGUCUUUGCUGCAUGAAUACACGGCCAGCAACUCCCACUGGCGUCCCUACUUCUCACUCUGGCCUGACUUCAGCAGCCUGGAUCACCCCAUGUUCUGGCCUGAAGAAGAGAGGGUGAGGCUCCUACAAGGCACUGGCAUCCUAGAAGCGGUGGACAAAGACCUGGCCAACAUCCAGCUGGAGUACACCUCCAUCAUCCUGCCCUUCAUGGAGUCCCACCUGGACCUCUUUGACCCCAAGCUGCAUACGCCGGAGCUGUACCAGAGCCUGGUGGCGUUCGUCAUGGCCUAUAGCUUCCAGGAGCCCCUGGACGAGGAAGACGAGGAUGAGAAGGAGCCCAACCCACCCAUGAUGGUCCCCAUGGCUGACAUUUUGAAUCACGUGGCCAAUCACAAUGCCAACCUGGAAUAUUCCCUGGAGUGUUUGAAAAUGGUCACAACACAGCCCAUCAGCAAAGGCCAAGAGAUCUUCAAUACCUACGGCCAGAUGGCCAACUGGCAACUCCUGCACAUGUACGGCUUUGCUGAGCCCUACCCCGGCAACACGGACGACACUGCCGACAUCCAGAUGGUGACGGUGCGCAGGGCUGCCCUGCAGGGUGCCAGUACUGAAGCGGAGAGGCAGCUGGUCUCUGAGCAGUGGGAUUUCCUUUGCCAGCUGGAGAUGGUGGGGGAAGAAGGAGCCUUUGUGAUUGGCUGGGAGGAAGUGUUGACGGAGGAAGAGCUCUCCAUGACAUUGAAGGUGCUGUGUAUGGCUGCAGAGGAAUUCAAAGAGUUUAAAGAGCAUGAGGGCUGGGAAGAAGACACAGAGGAUGAAGAGAGCCUUACUUUGUCUAACGAGACAAUACCCAGACUCAAAGCCUCAUGGAAGAAGCUUCUCCGUGACAGUGCGCUGCUGACACUGGAGUCUUACCGCUCAGACCUGAAAGCAGAGCAGGACUUGCUAAAUGACAAGGUGGCUUAUGGCAAACUAAGCCCAAGAGAGCAGCAGGCCUUGCAAGUGCGCUAUGGGCAGAAGAGGAUCUUGCACCAAUUGCUGGAGUUGACAAGCUAGCAGAGGCUGAACUGGGAAUUGCAGCCUUUGUAUAAAGCAAACAUUGCGCUCUCACCCCCCUCUGUCGGGAUGGAUGGGGCGGCCACUUGUGUUCAGGAAGAACAGAGGGUGAGAGUUGAUUUGGACCCAGUUAUUCCUGAUAUUUCUGUAGUGGCUUUUCAUCUACCUCUUGACUUUCUAUAAAUUACAUACCUGUCUUACUGGGGAGGGAAAAGUCUGUUCAUUAAAUUUCAACUGUGUGACAUGCAGGAGGGUUCUCCCUGGGUUUAAGGCCCAACAGGGGUGAGAGUUAAGGAGGAAGCAUACCCACUCUAGCCAUGCUAAUAUUGACUGAGGAGUGUUGUAGGGAAGGUACUGACCGCACCCCUCAGACACCAGUUGUCACAGAACACUGAUUUUAUCCUUGCAAGGAUAACACCUUGACGUGGUUCUCCUCAUGCACUGUCACAAGCAUCUAAGAUGAUGCUCGCUCUAGUCAACAGCAGGAUGUUCUACUAAUGGAAAACUCCAACAGCCUUCAAAUGCUGUAAGCAGCUGUGACUGCAGCCCAGCUCUGCUAGUAACUUGUUCAAAGCCUGAGUAGGGCUGCAGAUUUUUCCUAAGCUUCUGACUAAAGAUAGCAUGUUUCAGAACCCUGGAUCUGCUAGAGAGUUGGCUCAGUUCUCUCCCUCGGACUUUAUUCUGCAUCUGGUCAAGCAACAAGCCAUCAGCUAGCAUCAUAUUGUUACUCAAUUUUGCUGUAGGUAAAGCUGAGGUGUUUGGCAGUGCAACUGAGACUAAUCAGUGCUAAAAGCCCAUGUUUGUGUUAUGCACUUUUUUGGCCAGUACGUGACAGGAUGGUUUUUACCUGGUUCUGAGAUGGCAAGAAUUCCUCUGUGGUAUUAGAGUUCAGUCCCAACAGUGAGGGAGGAUGGGGGGCUAUUUUGCUUAUCUGCCUUUCUCCUUAGAAAGUCAGCAGCCCAGGGAUUUGUGCCAUGCCAUCUCUGCCAUGCAGUAGGUAAGGGAUACUUAGCAAUGCAAGUUGUCUUUGGGAAUUGCUCCACUUUCUAGAGGCCUGGAUGGUCACUGCCAGAAUCUUAAGAUCCCAGAGUUCUACAGCCUGUUCUGGAAGAGACAGCAUGGAAUUCCCUAGGUUAAGGUAGGUACCUCUCAAGUCAUUCAGAGGAAAAAGAUGUGGCCUAGUUAUUUGCAUUCCUAAAAAUGGUGCUGAUCUUUUUUUUUUUUUAAUUUAAAAGGGUUCUGAUUCCUUAGUGAAAUGGGGUUUUUUUCCCCCCUUGCCUCUUAAUACUAAAGGCUGUGCAGGCCCAUUUAUGCCCUUUAUGAAAGCCAAGGAAUCUGUACCUCACUUUGAGCAGGACUCCAUUCCCUGUUCCUUAAUCCCUGCUCUGUUGAUGCUGCAGGCUGAGGGGAAGAGUAGUUUUCUGUUUGCUAAAAUAAAGGUAUGACAAGUCACACAGGGAAGAGAUCAGCUGCAGUAAGAUUUACUUACCAGAGCUUUUGCAUGCAUCUUCUGUGGUCUUUUCAAUGGGUAUUUCUGCUUUCCUUUUAGUCCAGGGUUCAGCAACCUCUGGCAGGUGGCUUGCCAGGGUGGGCCAGUUUGUUUGGCUGAUCGCAGUUCCUACUGGCCACAGUUCACUUCUCCAGGCCAAUGGGGGCAGCCAGCACCUCCCUCAGCCUGCACUGCCACCCCCAUUGGCCUGGAGCAGCAAAGCACAGCCCCCGGGACCUGUGAUCAGCCGAACAUGCAGGCAUGGCAGGUAAAAAGGCCUGGCAUGCCAGAGGUUGCUGACCCUUGUUUUAGUCAAUCACUUGGCUAUCAACUGGACAAGUGCAAGUCCUUGAUUUCCCCUUAUUCACCACUGUAGAAGUAGGCAGGGGGUGGAGGAUGGGCUUGCAUUUCUCCCACCAAUUGGAAGUGUUGCAGCAGUUGAUGAUUUGGGGCAGUGAGCUUUUCACUUCAGCUGCUGGCUAGCAGGUCUUAAGCCAUGGUUGCAUUGCCCUGGCUCUAGCCACAGAUCUGCUUCCUUUACCUACAGCUAGAAUUCACUGCAUGGCAAGACCCUAAUACACGUGCUUACUAGAGGGAAGGAAGCCUUUUGCCUGGUAGCAGUGAAGUUGGGGGUGCUCUCCCUCAUUCUGCUUUGCCAGCUUUAAGCAAUUUUGUAGGAACAGGCUCAGCCUUUUGAGGCAUUGCUUGAGAGAAACCAGACAGUGUUAAUUAUGCUGAAGGGCAUCUGGCCUGUCCCUUCAGUGACUGUUUAGUUCAGUUUUGAUAUGGGCUGCUACAGCUGAACUGCGUAACUAAGUUAGUUGAUCCCAGCAGCACAGAUGCUGUUAUCCAAAACCCUACUGCAGACCAAGCUAAAAGAAAAAGGGAACCUAGGGUUUUUCUAUCUGCAACUAAUAACCAGGUAUCCUAGAAAUUCAUUUACCAUGGGGAACACAGAAUGGGGGAGGGCUUCUGCUGUCAGGUUACAUUUUAAUCAUGGAAAAAUGGAUUUUCUUUAUAAAGUAGGAUCCCUGCUAAUAACUAAUAAGGCCUCUCAUCACCUUCAGCUGAAGUUCACCAUGGUUAGAUCCUUGGCUCUAGUUUGUGUGUGCUGCCAAGGGAGAUAACAUUGAGAUGAACAUGUACUUGUUUGCAGGCUACCAAGUGGAGGUUUUUCUUAAAAGGUAAGUGGGCAUUUUUACAUGAAGGUCAUAGACUUUAAGGUCAGAAGGGGCCAUUAUCAUCUCAUCUGACCUCCUGCACAAUGCAGGUCACAAUUUCACUCACCCACCUAAGUAACGAACCCCUAACCUAUGUCUGAGUUACUGAAAUCCUCAAAUUCCUUUCAGAACAGGAAAAUGGCCACAGUGCUUUAUCAAUAUUCAUUUGAAGGGCUGCUGCUUCUGUUGAUGGCCAGUCUUUCAUAAAUUGUAAAUAAACAGGCAUCUUACCUUUGUAGGUAACUUUUGAUAUGAGACAAGCAAACAUGCUUUCUCCCUUAUAUAUAAAGCAAGCUAAAAAGGGGGGAAAAAGCCUUUUAAGUCUUAGCACCUUUUUGAUUUGAGAUUAUUUGCCUUUGAAGCAUGCAGGCCCUGCAUCUGGAGCACUGAAGUUGUCAAACUGAACCUUGAUGGAUGAAAGCCAACCUAUUAAGUAUCAUUAAUGUGUAGCUGACUUAAUUACUAAGAUCAGAUUCCUUUGAGGGGAUUUAUGCAGGAAUUAUAUGCAUUUGAUCACCAAGAAUUAAAUUGUAGCUCAGUUGUCUUAUCCACUCUCUUUUCUCCCAUAAUGCUAUAUUAACACACAGCCUCUCCAGCUGAGGCGAAUCUAGCCAGGGAAAUAUCCAGAGCUCAAGUUUGGAUGCUUUGACAACGUGCUAAUGGCAUCAUUUGUGCAUGUGAAUGUGAUUAACCUGAAGAGUCUCACUAGUGUUACACUACCCUCCUCUCCUUUGAGAGUGGAGUUACAAACAUGGUUUGAACUUGAGUGAAUUCAAGUAAAUGUCGUGUCUAAGGGGCCUGGCCCAGGUGGUAUUGUACGAUAAUGUAUUUCAAGUCAAUGAGCAGAACUUUGAAAAACCAGCAUCAUGGUACUUGAGAGAAUACACAGAGCUGCACUUGCUGCAUGUCAUGACUUUAAUGUGUAACUACAGGAUGCAUACA